AUGAACUCCCGUUUACGAGCCUUAGGUGGGAGGAUAAAUAACAUACGAGCAUCAGAACUACCAAAAGAGAAAACCCGAUCAGAAAUAAUCUGUAACGUCCACUUUUUGGAUGGCUCAGUACAAAGCUUCAAAGUCAACAAACAAGACACUGGACAGAUUUUGUUGGAUAUGACCUAUAACCAGCUGGGUGUGACAGAGAAGGAAUAUUUUGGUUUACAGCAAAAUGAGACUUCAGUAGAUUCACCUUUUUUCAUUUCACAGCGGUGGCUUGAACCAAGCAAACCUAUUAGAAAACAGUUAAAAGGAGGUUUUCCCUGCACGCUUCAUUUUCGUGUAAGGUUUUUUAUACCUGAUCCUAACACACUUCAGCAAGAGCAAACCAGGCAUUUAUUCUUUCUGCAGUUGAAGAUUGAUAUUGCAGAAGGAAGGUUGUCAUGCCCCAUUAGUUCUGCUGUUGUAUUGGCAUCAUAUGCAGUACAAUCACAACUUGGAGACUAUAAUGCUUCAGUGCAUUGUUCAGGAUAUCUUUCAAAUUACAACUUUAUACCGGAGCAGAACAAAGAUUUUCUUACCAAAGUAGAAACGCUACAUGAGCAACACAGUGGCCUCAAGCAAUCUGAAGCAGAGUCCUGCUAUAUAAAUAUAGCAAGAACACUUGAAUUCUAUGGAGUGGAAUUGCACAGUGGUAGAGAUCUCCAUAACCUAGAUCUCAUGAUUGGGAUUGCAUCUGGUGGAAUUGCUGUAUAUAGAAAACUCAUAUGUACAAGCUUCUAUCCCUGGGUGAACAUAUUAAAAAUUUCCUUUAAAAGGAAAAAGUUUUUUAUACAACAACGGCAAAAACAUAAUGAAUCCAGAGAGCAUAUUGUUGCCUUCAACAUGUUAAAUUACAGAGCAUGCAAAAAUCUUUGGAAAUCUUGUGUAGAGCAUCACACAUUUUUUCAGGCAAAGAAGUCACUACCUCAUGAAAAAAAGAUAUUAUCACAUUAUUGGACUCUGGGUUCUAGAAAUCCAGCAAAGUCUGUAAACAACCAGUACUGCAGAAAAGUGAUAGGUGGGAUGGUUUGGAACCCAUCUAUGAGACGAUCCUUAUCAGUUGAGCACCUAGAGACCAAAAGCCUUCCUUCUCGAUCGCCUCCUGUUACCCCCAAUUGGCGGAGUCCUAGACUACGGCACGAAAUCCGCAAACCACGACACUCAUCUGUAGAUAACCUUACGAACGAGAUUAGUUAUAUUACUGAAACAGAGGAUGUUUUUUACACAUAUAAGGGCUCUCCAACAUCAAAGGACAGUGAUUCAGAGUUCUCUCAGAACCGUAGUCCACAGAGGAGGUCAUCUGAACAAGAAUCACCAAAGAAUAUAUUGGGAAACAGUCCGACCCGGAGCUCUCUGACCCAUCUCUCACCUAAAGCCUUGGCUCGGUCUCCCAAUGGAGUUGGCAACAUUUCUGGCUCUUACCCAUUGGAAGGGGUGGAUAAGCAGUUCCUAGAAACCUAUGACAACGUUACAAAAAGCAGCUCGACGGAAGACUCCAGUCAGUACUACUGCGAUAAGAAUGACCUAAUAGAGGGAGAUUUACUUUUGGUGCGUAUCAUACCAGAUGAAGAAGGGAAGUUUGGAUUUAAUCUAAAGGGUGGAGUAGAUCAGAAAAUGCCACUGCUGGUAUCAAGAAUAACUCCAGGAUCACCUGCUGAUAAAUGCAUUCCAAAGCUGAAUGAAGGUGAUCAGAUAGUAUUAAUUAAUGGCCGAGAUAUCUCAGAGCACACGCAUGACCAGGUGGUCAUGUUCAUAAAAGCCAGCAGAGAAUCUCACACAAGAGAGCUUGCACUUUUGGUCAGGAGGAAAGUAGUUAAACAGUUUGUGGAGCCCAUAUCAGAAGAUGAAGCUGAUUCCCACACUCUGCCAGAAUCUAUUCUUCCUGUCUGUUCUGAAUAUGGUGGUGAUACACUGGAGGAGUCUAUGGAGCAGCUAAGAAGAGGAUUAGAAAGUGGGACAGUCCUUAUUCAGUUUGAGCAACUUUAUAGAAAGAAACCAGGAUUGGCUGUUACAUGUGCAAAGGUACCUCAGAAUAUGGACAAGAAUAGAUACAAAGAUGUUCUACCUUAUGAUGCCACAAGGAUAAUAUUGCAAGGAGAUGAAGAUUACAUUAAUGCAAAUUAUGUGAAUAUGGAAAUUCCUUCUGCUGGCAUUGUGAACCGGUACAUUGCUACUCAGGGGCCUCUUCCACACACAUGUGCACACUUCUGGCAAGUAGUCUGGGAUCACAAAUUAUCGCUGAUCAUCAUGCUAACAACACUCACCGAACGAGGACGGACCAAAUGUCAUCAGUAUUGGCCUGAUCCACCAGAUGUAAUGGAAUAUGGCUGCUUCCGUGUCAGGUGCCACUCUGAAGACUGCACAAUUGCUUAUGUUGUCAGAGAAAUGGUCAUUACAAACAUUGAGACAGAACAGCAGCACACCGUCACCCAUCUCCAGUAUGUAGCUUGGCCUGAUCAUGGCGUUCCUGAUGACUCCAUGGACUUCUUGGAGUUUGUGACCUGUAUGAGACCAAAGAGAGUAAAGAACGAGCCAGUUCUUGUUCACUGCAGUGCAGGAAUCGGUCGCACUGGUGUGUUGGUCACUAUGGAAACAGCCAUGUGCUUAAUUGAAAGGAACCAACCUGUUUAUCCACUGGAUAUUGUACGGAAAAUGCGAGACCAGAGAGCUAUGAUGGUGCAAACAUCAAGUCAAUACAAAUUUGUUUGUGAAGCUAUUCUUCGUGUUUACAAAGAAGGAUUAGUUCGACCACUGGAUUCCAGUUAGUACAGCAGUGAAGGAUGAUUUUUUUUUUUUUUUUUUGCCUAAAAAACCUGCUCUUUAAGCAAAGCAAGGGCUUGUUUUUGAAAGCAACUAAAACGGACUAGAAGCCCAUGAAAAGACAGAUGAGCACAUUUGAACUGUGGCACUUUAAAUUUCUCAAGAAGAUUGCUAAAUCAUGUACAGUAUAACAAAGUCACAUAGAUAAAAAUAUGACAGCAAUUGUGUGUAAUAUGCUUUAUUCACAUAGAAAAUCAUAAACAAUCAUGGAAACCUUAACACAUCUUUUACUGCCUUAAAACACCCUUUACUUUGGAAGUUACAAAGUUCCUUGUGUUUCCUUUGAAAUAGCAAAAGGAAAACUACUAUUGAAAUUAUUCAUCUUAAGAAGGUAUAUUUGUUUCAUAUGAAAGUUCAUUGAAGGUGAAUAUUUAUAACUUUCUUAUUGGGAUACUAAAUAUCCAUGGAACUCUAACCUUGACUAAAAGGCUGACAAAGAGCUUUAAAGGCUAAUGCAUAACUACUGUACACUGAGCUGGAGAAAUUUAGUAUUCAGUUACCAUAAAUCUAUUAGUGAGUAUGCCAGCUGUUAUAAUAUGCUGCUUAGAAAUCACAUCUACUGUAUGUGAUGUGAAAAUAAUGCUGCAUUUAGGCAUUUAUGCAGAUGGUACAGUCUACAUCUUCUGUUGAUGAAUUUUAUUUGCAACUUGCCCUUUUGACAGUGACCUACUUUUUACAGUUUUAGUUAUUACACCCCUUUUCUUCUGUUUCUGCUCUCCAUCUCCUUUAUACUUUUCACUGCUGUUUCUGUAUGUGGACUGUAAACAUUUUAACUUAAAAUUAGGUUUAAUUCUUUGUCACGUUUGUUUCCAUGUGUAUUUAUGAGUUCUCAGAUGUAAAUGUGGAUUAAUGUUGCACACAAGUACUAGAUUUUGACUUACUGUAUAUGCAAAGUAGUCUAAUCCAAUACUGGAAGAAAAAUUACUACUGAACCCAUCAAAUAUGUUGCUGCUAUUUCAAGGUGUGAAGCUUACAAGGGCACAGGUGUUGCUAGUGUUCAGAUGGUGAUAAAAUGUUGACUUGCUGCCCUCCAGCAAAGCGCUCUUAUCCAGCGAAACACGACUCCCUUUUGCAAGAGUUCUCCAGAUUUACUGUGUUUCGUGCUUAUACAGAAAUGCAGUUAAAUUCACCUGAAGAUUUACAUAGAAAGAGAGAAUGAAUUUGUACAUUGAUGAAUAAUUCACCCUAAGGUACACUGGUCUCUGUUUCAUUUCAGAUGGGAGAAUUGGACUUUCUGAACAGUAUAACCACAUUUGUAUAAUGUUAAAUUAUUUUGUGUGUGCUUUUUGAUUACCCUGAGAUAGUUAUUAAUUUUUUAAUAGUGUUUAAAAAAUAUUCUAAGGGACUGUUUAAAACUCUGUUAUUUAAAAAAUUAGUCCUAAAUAGGGAAAAAUUUUUAUGAGGCAUAUUAGCCAGAUGUUUAUAUGUAUAAAAGAGAAAACUAGAUAAUUUUUUUUCAGAGAGAUAUAUAUGCACACACAUAUUCAGAUGUAUUUUAGAAUUAUGGUUUGUAUUAUGGAUAUUAUCAUUUAUAACUGGAGUUUCAUUAUAGAAACUAUCACAGCUGUACAAUAUGCAUCUCUCAUGUUACUGGAAGACUAUGUUUUUUCCCCCCAGGAGGUAACUAGGAAGUGCAUGUCGGAUGAGCUAAAUUGCUGACUUGUCUUUUGCAAUCUUGGUCCUCUCUCCAAGAUUACAUUUUUAGCUAUAGCUGAAGAAGAUAUCUGGUUACUAUUUAUUGAUCAAAAGAGUUUUAAUUGAGAUGUGCAGAAUAGUUGGCAACAUGGAAACCUUCUUGGUUUUGUUAGGUUGAACAGUGAAUAAGUUUGUACUCAUCUUUACAUAGUGCAUUCCAAAUUUCACUUUGACUGGAGUUUUCUGUAAUCUUUUGGAUCAUUGUCAUAUUGCUUGAUUGGGCAUAGAUAAAAAAACAAAAGACUGGUUCACUCUUAUCUUGCUAAAUUGUAUCAGGUAGUUCAAUCAGUCUGUGAAUCCAAAUGUAAAAUUAUAAUGGACAUCCACAUAUUACUUGGGAAGCUUUGUUACGUGUGUGCCUGUCUGUUAAAACAUAACUUUUUUUUUUUUUUUUUAAGUUUUCCUGUGCCCAGGUCUCAGAGUCAUCCUUUGCAGUUGGCAUGACUUGCAUUUAAUAGUUUGUCAAGAAGUGAAAAAAGGCAAGAAAAUAAAUUGUAAGAAAAUACUUAGAGCAUCUUUGUGACAUCCGUGUCUUUCAUGGAAGAACUCACAGUUUCUUUGUGUUCAAGGUUAUUCCUAUAUUCCAAUUGCUAUUUAUGUUUCUUUAUGUUUAAUAUGUACUUACCAAAGCACUGUAAAUGUAUUUCUCAUAUAACUUCAGCCUCAAUAUACAUGGUAUAGGCUUGAUUUGGGUUAAUACGUGUGCAUUUAAAGGGUGACUGUCAUAUUGUGACAACAAAUGCUGCUCUUGUUUUGGUAAACUUGGAUAGGUUUGGUAAUGCCAUUGGGGACUACCAUCUUGGAUUUUAAUAACUUGUUUGAAAUUGCUGGCCACAGAGAGAAUACUCAAAGCUAUAUAAAUAGUAAUCUCUAUAGGUUUUUUGUUUGUUUUUUUUUUUUUUUUAAUACCUUAGAGGAAAUAUUAACUAGACAAGUAUCUUGUAUAUUGUGUCCAUCUUUAUUUCAGUCUUGCUGAGUUUUGCACAGGUACCUGUGGAGUGCAUAGGGGAGAAUUGAAGGGGUUUUGUCUUCUCUCUGUAGUGUGUGAUGACUUUGCACUGAAUGAAGCAUGCCUUAGAUCUGAUCUUGCAGUGAAAGCAUAAUUAUGAAAACAUCUUACCACGGGCUUUUGUUUUCACAAAAAUUAAAAAAUCACGAAGAUAUAGAUUUAAUUGAUAGGUUUGGGGGGAUUUUGGUGGGAGUUAAAACUCAUGAGCAAAACGUUUUGAAUUGUCAAGCAGUUGGCAAGUGGUAGAAAAUGCUGUGAAGAAAAGAUUCUGUAUAACCUUCAUAAACAUUUUACCCUUGAUUUCUCCUGUGCUGGUAUGGUCGUGAAAAUAAGUAUUCAAAAUGUCUGAUGUGGUGGUGGAUGAAGAGGGAGCAAUAAAACCCUUGACGUUUUCAUCACUGUGAAAUACACUAAUAUUUAUUUCUGCAGAAUUAAACAAAUUUAAACUUAGUGGUUUUAUAUUUGAUGUGGAAGUAACUGCCUAUUCAGCAUGUCUUCAGAAAUCUCACAGGGGAACACUUCUGAGACAGAAGUGAAAGGGAUGGUCUUGCUAUUUGUUAAAAAUAAGAAAAACAGUGCCCUAAACCAUGAAUGCCUUUUGUAUAACCAGAUGUAUGAAAUACAAGUCAUUAAAAUACAACCAAACCUUGAA